AGUAUUGCAAUUUAGUAUUUGGUGCUGGCCACCCAGAAUGGCCAAUGGGAGUUGGUAGGCAACCUCUUACUUGAAGAGAGAAUAAGAGAUAAGAGUUGCAAACCACCACACUGUGUAGAGAGAGAGAAGAUAUCCCUGGUUCUUGCAAAGGACCAUACAGUAGUGAGGGUGAGAGAGUGAGAGACUCCUGAUACAAAUCUUUCAUAACUUCUGCUCUCUCUCUCUCUCUCUCUCUCUCUCUCUCUCAGUGAAAGUCUUAUCAUCCUGUACAAAUUUGUAAGAAGAUAAAUCCCUGAUACAAAUCCUUCUCAGUUUACUUUGAUAAUCCUGAAAUACUACUAAGUUCCUGUCACAGAUAAGCUCAAUGAACUCAAACAACUGGCUAUCUUUCCCUCUUUCUCCUCCUCAUCCCACCUUACAUAACCUCCAUACACCUCAGUCUCAUCAGUUCUCUCUAGGGUUAAUGAAUGAUACUGUUGAUCACCCUUUCCAAAUCCAAGAUUGGAACUUGAUCAAUUCUACUCAUGGCGACGAAGUUCCAAAGGUGGCAGACUUUCUUGGUGUCUGUAAAUCUGAUAACCCUCAAGACCUUCCACCAUUUAACCAAAUUACAGCAAAUCAAUCUGACUAUAACAUCUUCUCUAGUAGUACUCAACAAGCAGCACAGCAGUCAGUGGCUGCUACUACUAAUGAGUAUGAUUCUUCUGGAAGUGGUCACAAUUUACAGUCAUUGACACUGUCUAUGGGUAGCACUGAGGGUACCAAUGGUGAGAGCAGUAGUGGUAAUAAUGCUGUUGAUUCAGCUCCAAGAAGAGCUGUAGAUACAUUCGGGCAAAGAACAUCGAUAUACCGAGGUGUAACAAGGCAUAGAUGGACAGGAAGGUAUGAAGCUCAUCUCUGGGAUAAUAGUUGUAGAAGGGAAGGACAAGCAAGGAAAGGUCGCCAAGUCUACUUGGGAGGGUAUGACAAGGAAGAGAAGGCUGCUAGAGCUUAUGAUUUGGCAGCUCUUAAGUAUUGGGGAACCUCCACAACAACAAAUUUUCCUUUAAGUAAUUAUGAGAGGGAACUGGAGGAGAUGAAGCAUAUGACAAGACAAGAAUUUGUUGCAUCUCUUAGAAGGAAGAGCAGCGGCUUUUCAAGGGGUGCAUCCAUGUAUCGUGGGGUUACAAGGCAUCAUCAACAUGGAAGAUGGCAAGCUCGAAUUGGGAGGGUAGCAGGAAACAAGGACCUCUACUUAGGCACAUUCAGUACAGAAGAGGAAGCAGCAGAGGCAUAUGAUAUUGCUGCAAUAAAGUUUAGAGGGCUUAGUGCAGUCACAAAUUUUGACAUAAACAGAUAUGAUGUGAAGACCAUUCUUGAAAGCAGAUCUCUACCCAUUAGAGGUGGAGCAGCCAAGCGCAUAAAGGAAUCUCAAGUGCUAGAAGCAUCCAGAAAGAGAGAUGAAAUGAAUGCUCUCAGCUCCAGUUUCUACAGUGGAAGCUCAAGUAAUUUUCAGGCUAGCUAUGCUUUGUUGCCAACAUUUGAACAACCUCAGCCCUUACUUUCCCUACAACCCCAACAGAACACUCACUACAACCAGGUCUCCCAGUUUCAACAACAUUACCAGUUGCCUCAACCCACCCCUUCCUUAAUCCAUUCUAACCAAGAAUCUCAGUUCAAUCAUAAUUACUUUCUUCAUGGUAUGAUGAACAUGGGCCAAUCAUCUGUCUCUAUUAUGGAUAACAAUAAUGGGAGCUCAUCUAACAGUAACUACAAUGGAGCUGGGUACCUUGACAAUGGGAUCAUGGUGGCUGCAAACUCAUCUUCUGUGAAUUCAGUUGCAUGCAUGGGAGGAUCCACAUCUGAUCUUGGGUUUGUUAAGAGUGAGUAUAACAUCAACUCAGGAGGUUAUGGAAGCUGGUCAGCGGACCCGGUUCAGGGAUCAAGCCAUGGUGUGUUCCCAAUGUGGAAUGAUAGCUAACUUUGUUUAUGGAAGGUAAAGGUAAUUAAACUUGAGAUUUGAUUUAUGUUCUGAUCUUUCUAUAAGAUACUUUGUCAUCAACAAUUUCUAUUUUUAUUUUUAUUUUUUUCCUUAAUUAAUUCAGUACUUUCAAGGAACGCAUAUAUAUGAGUAAUGUGUUCUAUUCCA